CAUGAUUAUGGUGAAAUGGACACUGGGCUCUUGGGGAUAAACACCAAGGUCAGUUUCUCUGUGAAUUCUCCCCAGAUGUCUUGUCAGAAGUAUGGCAUAAAUGCCCACCUCGCCUCCAUUCACAGUACAGAAGAAAAUGACUUCAUUUUUCACCUGAUGGGAAUGCCACUGAAUUACACCCAAGGAAAGGCUUACUGGAUAGGUGCCCAUGACACUUUCAAGGAGGGAAACUUUGUGUGGACGGAUGGUUCCAGAUUUGAUUUCCAGACAUUUCCUCCUAAUCAGCCUAAUGGACUGUCUGGAGAAAACUACCUGGGAUCCUGGCAGUUGGUAAAUGGACAUGUCACCUGGAAUGACUAUGUUGCCUCAUGGAAAUUCCCAUCCGUUUGCAAGUACAACUUGAGAAAUGGUAUGUGUUGUGCCUCCCACGCUGGAUAAGGAGUCUCUGAGAUGGAAAUAUGGGGCAGAGAUAACUUCACACCUGCUCCGUUGAUUGGUUUGAAAUCUUUCUCUGACAGUCACAUUGGCUUGUGCUUCUCUGUGGAUCAUUUCUGAAAGCAUGACAAGAUUGUGAUUAAUGAAAAUUAAAUUCCCCUUCCUUGACUGCUA